CAGGAACUACGGAUUACCUCAACUAAUAAAUACAACAACAACACCCUGCACGACCCUUAAAAACGAUUUUGAUAUCAAUAUAUACCUACCUUAGGUACCUUCUAAUCUUAUUGAGAGUACAGAACUACAUUUUGCCAACGGCAUGGGAAUACAUCAAAUAUUUCCAAAUACAUCCUCAACAUUCUCAUACAAUUACAAUGCCUCCUCGCCCGGUAGUAUCGCCACCGCGACGGAUUACGAGAUCUCUCGCGCGCUUUAGGCAUAGCAACAACAGUCCUGGUACCAAGGAGAACUCCACUCCUCCCGCCGCAGAUAUCGAGGAUAUAAUCCCAAAUACGACGGCUGUCCGUAAGCGGAAGCGCACCACUACCACUCUCCUCGAAGCCUCGUCAACGUCUCCACCUCGACGCACCGUUAAGACAGAAGAGGAAGUCGAUACAAAAGUAACAGUAACAGCACCCCCGGCAAGCAGACGUCAGCGAAAGCCAGCUCGGAAGACCGUCGACGCGCAUACCGGCGAAGCAAAGGUCAGCGCGCCCUCGGAUUGGGAGGAGAUAUACGAUGCCGUCAAGGCCAUGCGCUCCCCGGGCGGUGUGGCGGCCAAUGCGGCCGUCGAUACCAUGGGAUGUGAGCGACUUGCGGAUACCACCACCAGCCCGCGCGAUCAACGCUUCCAGACUCUAAUCGCAUUGAUGCUGUCGUCGCAGACCAAGGACACCGUCAACGCCGUCGCCAUGAAGCGCCUGCAAACCGAGCUCCCCCCACACGCUCCCGGCGCUGCCCCGGGCCUCACCCUCGAGAACGUGCUCGCGGCCGACGCGGAGCUGAUCAACAAGUUGAUCUGGGCCGUCGGCUUCCACAACAAUAAGACCAAGUAUAUCAAACAGGCCGCGGUGAUCCUUCGCGAUCAGUGGGGCGGCGACAUCCCCGAUACGAUCGAGGGCUUGGUCGCGCUACCCGGCGUCGGCCCCAAGAUGGGGUAUCUCUGCCUGUCGGCGGCGUGGGAUCGCACCGAGGGCAUUGGCGUGGACGUCCACGUCCAUCGCAUCACCAACCUGUGGGGGUGGCACACGACCAAGAACCCCGAGGAGACACGGCUCGCGCUGCAGAGCUGGCUGCCGCGCGAUCGCUGGCGCGAGAUAAACUGGCUGCUCGUCGGGUUCGGGCAGACGGUCUGUCUGCCCGUCGGGCGGCGGUGCGGCGACUGCGACCUCGGUCUGCGCGGUCUGUGUAAAGCCGCCGAGAAGAAGAAAGUCCUCGAAGGGAGGAAGAUGCGGGAAAGCACCCAAGUCAAGAAGCUUGAGGAUGACGGAUCUGUGGUCAAGAUCGAAGAGUUGAAGGAGGAGGAAGAAGCAAUUGAGAGAGACGUCGUUGUAAAUGAGGUUGUGAACGAUGAAGACAAGGAAUUACUAACUGCGGAUCAGGUCAAAGGUAGCCCGGAAACCAGUCUGGAACAAAGAGAGACUGUGCCAAAACGGCAACGUAAGUCGAACAAGCCAUAGCAUCUUGUAUUAUAAUGUAAGUCGGUUAUAGCGGGUUACAGCAUAGGAUAUCACGAGGCACGCAGGGUAAACGAACGUAAUUAUGAUGGGUGGAAAUCAAGGUUUCGUCAGGUCCAAAUCUCCAUUAUAAAGAGAUCAGCUUCAUAAUUGCUUAAUCAUGUUAGGUAUGUAUGUAUGUACAAAUAUUCGCUGAAAUCUGGGGAAGAUAAAAAAAAUAUUGGGCUUUCAUUGCGGAAGGCCGUUUCGUGGCAUUCAUACAAGCCAACAACUCCUUCUUCUGUGUAAAGAAGACAAGCAAGCAAG